AUCUUUACCAAGGCUUGUUUUCUCUUGGUCCUCUUAGUCCAGGAUGAAAGGAGAGCAAUGGAGGUUCGAAAACUUCCAAAGAUUUUGGAUCGCAUUCGCAGCACCUACCGACUUACGCUUCGAAAGUGCAGGAUGGAUGCUGAGAGAAACAAAGUCAAGCAGAAAAUGAACACCUCUCUCAAUGGAAGCUUCCUCCUCCAAGCCACCCCUCGAAAAUCAAAACCUGUGGCCAGGUUUGUUCCUGACUGGGUUCUACGGCGUGACAAAUUAAAGGACAUCGUGGAUCCUCUUUGUGCCAUUCAGAUGCUGGCUAACGCUCUGGCUAUUGUGCCUUGAAAAUAUUGCAGCAAGGAAAAGUCUAUAAACCUGUGCACUGCCAAAGUGUUUAAUUGUUGUUCAGAAUUGUGCACCCUUGUAAAUAUUGUGUAUUUUUGUAUUGUGAAUAUUUUGAAUACUUUGUUUUAUCAAAAUGUUGUGGUCUUUAUUGGAGCAUAUUGGGGUCUGUGCUAAAAGAUGGCAUGUUAGCUCUAAGAUUCUGUAAAUACAAGUGCAGUUUGGAAUUGAUUUAUUUUAAAGCGCUGGAACCGAAUAUUAAAACGAACCACAGCUUAUGUUCUGGUGCCGUUCUUGACUGAAAUAACAGAAUUAAAACAACAUGAGUGAGCCAUUGUGUAUUUUUUUUU